AUGGCUACCAUUCUUCUUGACGCCUACGACUCGUUCACGUUUAACCUCUACCAGUACCUGCGCAAGGCAGGUGCCUCCGACGUCCAAGUGUACCGCAAUGACAAGAUCACACUCGCUGAGGUCAUAGCGCUCAACCCGCGCAACAUUGUUCUCUCACCGGGGCCCGGCCACCCACGCGAAGAUCCUGGGAUCUGCUACGAGGUUCUCAGCCAUUUCCAAGGCAAAAUUCCCAUCCUAGGCAUCUGCCUCGGCCAACAAAUGAUGUACGAGCAUUACGGCGGCACUGUCGGGUAUGCUGGCGAAAUCCAGCAUGGCAAAACCGGGCUAAUCACGCAUGACGCUCAGGGGCUGUACCGCGGGCUGAAGGGGCAGGCGUUCCCGGUCACCAGCUGGACGCCAAAUGGGAUUAUCAUGGGCGUCAGGCAUAAGGUCUAUGCUAUGGAGGGCGUGCAGUACCAUCCGGAGAGCAUUUUGAGCGAGAAUGGGCUGGAGAUGUUUAGAAACUUUUUGGCUCUGCAGGGCGGAACCUGGGAGGAGAACCCAGGCUACAGGGACGACAUCUUGACGACGAUCUUCAAGCAGAGACAGCUGGAUGUCGCGCAGCAGAAGCUUGUGCCCGGCCGGUCGAUGGCCAGCCUUCAGCAGAUGCUUUCCCUGGGCCUGUGCCCACCGCCGAUGGACUUUGCCCAGCGCCUGCUUGAUGCCACGCGCGGGGACAGUCGGCUGGCGGUGUUGGCUGAAAUCAAACGCGCGUCGCCGAGCAAGGGCGAUAUCAGCGUUGAUGCGGUGGCUGCAGAGCAUGCCCUGGGGUAUGCGCGUGCCGGCGCGGCGGCGAUCUCGGUGCUGACUGAGCCCACGUGGUUUAAGGGACACCUGGACGAUCUCCGCGAUGUCCGCCAGGCCAUGGAUGUAUUUGCUAGCGGCCAGGACAAUAAUGAAGGGAGGAGACCGGCGGUUUUGCGCAAGGAGUUUAUCUUUGAUCCGUACCAGAUUGCCGAGGCCCGGCUGGCUGGCGCAGACUCAGUCUUGCUGAUCCUGGGUACGCUGAUAGCGUAUUCGCGCGAGCUCGGCAUGGAGCCGUUGGUGGAGGUUAACGAUAAGAGAGAGAUGGAUGUGGCGCUGGCGGCGGACGCCCGGGUUAUUGGCGUCAAUAAUCGCAACCUGCGCACGUUCGAUGUCGAUAUUAAUACCACCAGAGUGCUGGCUGAUUCUGGGGGAAUCCCAAAGAUUGGGAUUAUGCACCCGAGAGACGCUGCCAUUUAUGCCGAGUCCGGCGUCCGUGCUGUGCUUGUGGGUGAGGCACUCAUGCGCGCGGACGAUAAGCGUGCAUUCAUCGAUGGUCUUGCAAAAACCCACUAAAACAAAUU